GAUAAAAAACGCAUGUGACGCCAGCACUGCCACAAGAAUCUCCCUUGAAUGCGUCGCGAUUGGCCGCACUCACACACACCUCCCCACCGACAACUAUCCAUUCAGGGGCUGGCAUACAAAUAGACAGUAAUCCAAGAAAGGUGGUAUCUUGGCGGUGAAAUUUUCCACUACAACCUGAUUAGUGACUUAGACAGUUGGCGCAGACUUCGCUCUGACAGUGUGCGUGCUGCUGCAUAUAUUACCGGGUUGAAUGCAUUAUAAUAACCUGAAGACUGCUGCAAUUCAGUGGCAUUUCAUCGCGGGACAGGCCUGAGGAAAUAGCCAGUCGACUAAAAACGAGUUAUCUGUCCUAAAACCAGUUUCAAACCCACCUGAAGUGAAGGUUGAUACAGUGGGAGUCAGUUUGAGUCGCACUGAUGGACUUCCUUGCUGGCUGCAUAGGAGGUGCCGCUGGAGUCCUGGUCGGACAUCCAUUUGACACGGUUAAGGCACUAUGGUGAUUAUUCAUCGCCCCUUGUACGGUUCUAACCUACAACCUUCCAGUUACCAGUCCAGAUCUUAAACAACCAGGCCACACCACCCUUUUCACCUGUUUCCAUAUCUUAAUCAACACUUUAAGUAUUCUUGAUUUCUUGUGUUAUUUUAUUAAUCCGCUUGUAUCUCCUGUAGGUCAGACUUCAGGUACAGAGUGUUGAUAAACCUCUUUACAGAGGAACUAUUCACUGUUUUCAAUCCAUCAUACAUCAGGAGUCAAUGCUUGGCCUUUAUAAAGGCAUCGGUUCACCUAUGAUGGGCUUGACAUUCAUCAACGCCAUCGUCUUCGGCGUGCAGGGCAACACCAUGCGCAUGUUGGGCGAGGACACGCCCAUGAAUCAGUUCCUGGCUGGGGCGGCGGCGGGCACCAUACAAUGCGUCAUCUGCUGCCCCAUGGAACUGGCCAAGACCCGUAUGCAGAUGCAAGGUACAGGUGAGAAGAAGUCGUCCACUCGGAAGUUGUACAAAAACUCCCUGGACUGCCUGGCUCGCAUCUACCAGCGUGAGGGUCUACGGGGGGUCAACCGGGGCAUGGUUACGACCCUGAUCCGAGAGACACCGGGCUUUGGCGUUUACUUCCUCGCAUACGAUCUACUGACGCGCUCACUGGGUUGCGAGCCAGAGGACCCAUACAUGAUACCCAAACUGCUGUUUGCCGGCGGCAUGUCAGGAAUUGCGUCAUGGCUCUCUACGUACCCCGUGGAUGUGAUAAAGUCGCGACUGCAGGCCGACGGUGUUGGCGGAAAGUUCCAGUACAGCAGCAUCAUGGACUGCAUGCGGAAGAGCAUUGAGCAUGAAGGUUGGCGAGUUUUCACACGUGGACUGACUUCGACUUUGCUUCGUGCUUUUCCGGUCAACGCGACCACGUUUGCUACCGUUACCCUCUUCCUGAUGUACAUGCGGCCCGACGAGGGUACUAAAGACUGUGAAACCUCUCCUGCAUCGCCUGCGCAUCAUUCUGCAUUGCAGCAGCAAGCACAGCCGUCCAGUCUGUGAGUAGCUUUCUAUGACUACCACUUUUGUGGGAUAACCCUUGGAUGGAACUAGUUCGUAGCACUUCCCAAUAUGGCUGACCUGUUACUAAACUAUAAGUUGCAAUGCAGUGUACCAUCUGCCCACUGUAUAUGGAAUUGCACAGUCUGUCUGUAAACAUGUACGAUAACUUGAGCGCUGUGAACUGCAUAUGUAAAUAUAUUUUUUAUAUUCUAUAAUAUUUAAAAAACAAAUGUGUUCCCUUUUGUCUGCCUUACAAGAACAACUGAACGUCCGAAUCCGACCGCUGAAAGUAAGACUUUGACUGUUGAUAUAAUCGACAGCUGUUGCAUCUAAGGCUCCUUUUGUGUUUACUUGGCAGAACUAGAAAAACUUUCCUUUUGGCUAUCACAUUGCAAACAUCUGCUACACAAUUUUUUUUUAUUAUUUUGCUAAAUGCAAAUCAGUGUCUGAACAAAACAAACCCUCUUUCUUGCAAGCCUUUAGAACUUAAACUACAUCCACAUUAAUCCGGAUAAAUGUAAAAACUGCAUUUUCGUUUCAGACACUCUCCAUCCACAUUGUCAUUUUCCAAAAGUUGCUCGUCCACACUGAAACGUCUAAAAAAGCUUAAAUCCCCUUACUGCGCAUGCGAUUAAAGCAUGGUCUCAAACGCAAUUGUCCUUGUAUUCCAUUUUUGUUCAGCAAUUCCGGGUAAACUUCCCGUCGCCUUUGAAGGAAUGCAAUAUGAAGGUUGUACAAAAUAACAUUUAUCUUUAACGUUAUCAGAAUGGAUAUCAUGCACAACAACGCGGCUACAACAUGGGCCGCCAUCUUGAUUGUUUUGGGUUGAAUGGAUCACAUGACUUACUCAUAUGACAACAAAUACAUCAUUGUUUUCUAAUAUCUCUCCACCCUACAACGUGAAUACUGCGUUUUCACAUUAAUUAACUUGAGAGAACGUUUUCGAAAAGCUCUGUUUUCGAUGGACAAAAAUGCAGUCUCAGUAGCCGCUUUUCCACUAUCGGGCCAGUGCGAGCCAGGGCUAUCAACUGGCCAACCGAGGCCAAUAGCCUCGGACCUGCGAGACCAAAGAUCGAUCUGCGUUCCCACCAUCGUGCCAAUAGCUAGCAGUAUUGCCCUGAAACCCACCCUUAAUACGCCAUCCUGGUGCCAAUGUCACACACCCCUGACUAUUUCACAAGCAAGCUCAAACUGAGGUAUCAUGUUAUCUAGUUAUCUAGAAUAUCGAGUUUAUAUCAUUUGUAAACACUAGCUAGCUAGCAAGAUAAGUGUUGACAACUCACUGACUGUAAUUGCCAUGGUGUCCCGAGUGGUCUCUCCACUAACAGCGGGACGAUGUCCCAGCACACCAUCCAUGAUCUCAAACCUUGGAAAGUUCUUUCUUUGGGCACUGCUUUGUCCAAUGUGCGUUUUAACAGAUUUUUACUGUGUCCGCAAUGUUUGAAUUUUUCCCGAACCUGUACCAUUGUGCUCUGGAUACACAAUCUGGCAAGUUCUGCGAAACUACGCCUUUGAAAUUGACCCCUCCUCAAUCCCCAGUUGGCAGUUUGGCCCAAGGGUAAACCGAGGAGGCACGAUGAAGCCCCGGAUGUGACCGUGGUAACACUCCUGGCCCCGGCACGCAUUAGCAUGCCCUCAUUUUGCCCGAUAGUGGAAAUGCGGCUAGUGUGUAUGGAAGGCUUAAACGUAGAGAAAAAGAUGCGUUUAAAAAUGUAUCCUCAUUAAUGUCGACGUAGUCUUAGUCAGGGUAGAUGGCAUGUUUAUUUUGACAUGAAUAAAAGCAAGACUAAAUCUAAUGGAAAAUCCAGCUUAAGAUGGUAGCUGGUUUAUAGCUAUUCAAAGCCGGUUAUUGGCUGGUCAAAUCUGGUCAUUAACUAGUUGAACAGCUACCAUGUUGCAUAAAACAUCUUGACCAUUUUAAACUGGUCUGACCAGCUUGUAGCUGGUUUGUUGCUGGUCCAAGCUGGUCAACCUGCAAGAAACCAGUCGCAGUGUUCGAAAAACGGAUACCUGCUUAAACUAGAUUUGACAGUAAUUGAGGUUUUUGUCCAGUGGCGACGUACUGUGUAUGUCCAAUGGUUCAUCAACUUAACAAUCAACCAAGGUACACAACAAUAUGACAUACUGAACGGACCAAACUUUUGCCUAUCUUAGCCUGGUUUGAUUCGCUUAAUUUAUUUAUAAAUUUUAAAUAUUGUUUCUACCAAAACUAAGGUGAAUACCCCAAACAUAAGCUAACCUAACCCUAACUAAAUUUGUACUAUGAAUCCAACCAUACAUGGAAAAUGUGAUUAUCAGACUCUGGAGAAUGUAGCCUUGGUUAUCAGGAUAAUUUUAUUCUGGGGAGUGAAAAUCUCCUUUUAGUGUGAGCUGCUGUCUGACUGGUGAAAUUGCAUAAAAGUUUAUCGAUAUCUUGGCGUAUGGUUACAUUUUUCUCAACUUGUGCAAUAAAUAUGGUAGACCCCAGAUUAUGUUUGCCCAAGUUCCCAGGCUUCUAAAAAAUCUAAAUUUGACAUCUGAACUGUUUCCUUUUUCUACUUGGGUAGUAUUAGCUUACAAAUGAUUCAUUUCUAAGAAUCUCACUUCAUGUUUUGGACAUCAUUCUCAAGAUUUCUGUUUGGCCUAUUUAGCUCACCUUACACUGUUUCCUGUUGUUUUAAAAGAGAACUAGCCUAACCAAAGGUUUUUGUUGUACACACCAAAUUCUGAUCUCUCGGUGUUAAGUUAGAGUGCUUGCCUAAUCCAUGUGGCUCCUACCCAGAAUGAAACAUUUGCAUGUUUUCAGUAACUUACUCAAAUUGGGAGAAAAGUUGUAUACAAACCAUGGAUAUCCACUGACUGUAAUAUCAAUACUACUAUUAGAAUUUUAAAAUGAACUACUGUAUUUUAUGUUAUGUCCUGUGUUUUGGUCGACUAAAGCAUGUGGGUUGUCUCAGUUAUGAUGUAAGAUCAAUAUAUAUAUAUUUUAUGUUUGUAUACUGUAUAUAUCAUGCUUGAAUGUUCUCAACAGAUAGAAAGAUGUGUAAAUGGUGAGAUGUGUAUGUUUGAUAGAGUUCUGAAUGUAGGAGGGAAGGAAGCUAUUUACAAAUACUGUUUCCAGCAGAGUGUGAUUUCAUAGGCUUUUAAAGACGUGCUGCUGCUCUUUUUGUAAAGGUUACGGAUUACUUGUUGAUUAACUGUAAAUAUCUAGUAUCUAGGACCGAUGCUUUGAGAACAAAGUACUUUUUGUGUGAUAUCUGUGAGAAAUGUAAAUAAACUAUAUUUUACUGAGUUAAUUGGUUUCAAUAGUACUGAAGUGAAUUUUAAUUUGAAUAGCUUUAGAUUUUGUUGUUUUCAAGUUUGACAUUGCUGUUGCUGAAGAGAGAAAAAUAUGGUGUCUGUUGUCCUAUUUUUGUAAGAAAAGGCUUAGUUCAGCAUUGCUCCCAUUUUAAAUUUAGUUGGCCUCAACCAGUUUAUAAAUUGCUUUUAGUCAGCUGAAAUGAAAUGUGAAAAUAAAUGGGAAAAAUGGUCAAUAUCUCCAGUAGUCUUUUUUAUGUCUUAACAUACAAUAUAACCUUAUGAAUGUAUACAACAUUGCAUAAUGUAUAUUUCAGGUGUGGGUCAAAUUCAUUUGUGCACUGUGUUCUUACCCUUGGAUAUAUUUGAAGAGGAACAGUUUUAAUUUGGUUGGUUAUGGGUGAACCUUUUUUGUAAAAUGCUAACAGUGCAAGUUAACCUAACCCUAAUCCCAUUAUUCCAAUAAAAAGCUAUUUUUUUUA